GGUGGCACGAUUGAUGAGUGUUAUACUAAGUUUUUAAUUGCUCGUUAGGGUUCGAAGGUCGUGCAAUCUGCCUUGGUACACAGAGGGUCUAAAAAACUUAAAGAAUAGAAGGGACAAAUUUUAUAAGCGAUUUUUAAAGACAGGGGAACAAAUGGCUGGUGAGUUGUACCGGCAAUAUAAGCGGGAGUUUGAAUUCCUCAAUAAAUUUUUAUACAACCAAUAUAUUACUGAUGUUGAAGCGAGCCUCAUAUCCAACCCUAAAGCUUUUUGACGAUUUGUGAACGGGAAAAAAUCAUCCUCUGAUAUAUCUUCUUCCAUGUCUUAUGGAGGUUUGGAAGCUAACUCCGAUAAGGGCAUUUCUGAACUUUUUGCGAAAUAUUUUGCCUCAAACCUUGAGCCGAAGGUCUCCUGGGAUGAGCAGGAGGUUCUUCAAAAAAUGUUGCCUCUUCUUGAGGUUGGAAGCUUGGACACACUAGAUUGUGACAUUGUUGAGGCCUCUAGUCAUUUUAAUGAGUCGCAUACACCUGACUUAGAUGGUAUCUCCCCAUUCUUCAUUAAAAGUUGUAUUGCAUCCUUAACCACACCUCUGCAACUUCUGUACUCUUUAUCAUUAUCAUCGGGUAAGUUUGCUUUUCGAUGGAAAAUUACCUCGAUCGCGCCUAUUCAUAAAGGUAGCAGCAGGGCAGACGUCACUAACUAUCGGCCUAUCGCCAAGAUAUGUAAUAUUGCCAAGUUACUUGAGCGUAUAGUCACCAAAAAGCUAACAUUUUUGAUUCGUAACUUUAUUUCUCACAAUCAACAUGGAUUCUUGCCUGGGCGAUCCACCACAACCAACUUAGUGGUUUUCUCUAAGCACUGCCUGGAAACCUUUGAACGCCGAUGUCAGGUUGAUGCCAUUUAUACGGACUUCUCUAAAGCCUUUGAUAAAGUUUGCCACGCAGCCCUAAUUGCUAAAUUGUUCAGAUUAGGUGUUCAUUCCUCCAUGUUAAGUUGGUUGGAGUCUUAUUUGGCAGACCGACCAUGCCACGUUCCCAUUGGUGAUGCCCUCUCGAGUCCCUUUAUUGCCUCAUCUGGCCGCAAGGGAGGCUUUGGGGCCGCUCCUAUUCAUCAUUUUCAUCAAUGACAUCUCCUUUUGCUUUCUUUAUUCGAACUUUUUGUUAUACGCGGAUAACCUUAAAGUGUAUAAAGCCAUUAGCUGCAUUAGAGAUAGCUAUCUACUGCAGGAUGAUUUGCGCCGAGUCUCUUCUUGUAAGAGGGCGCUAGACUUAUGUACUUCCUAUGCAAUUGGCAACCAUAACCUGCAGCUCAAGGAGGUGGUUGAUCUUGGCGUCUUUUUUGACUCAAAUUUAAAAUUUUCCAGCCAUUCAGAUUUUAUAAUGCCUAAGGCGUAUGCCAUGUUGGGUUUUGUGAAGAGGCACACAGACCAAUUCAAGAGCCCGUACGCGAAGCUCAGUGUUUACGCCGGUCCGGUCGAGGCUGGAAUAUGCCUCUAUUAUUUGGAGCCUCGCAAAUAAAAUAAGUUCCAAUAGAGUCGAGCGGUUGCAGAAAAAAUUUUCGAAUCUCUAAUUUCUUA